AUGUUUGUUUUUCUUUUAUGGAUGUCAAUGAAAUCAGCAAGUGCGUUAUCAGUUGCUCGAAUCGUCAAUGCAACCUAUUCAGCCGGUAUUGCAUUUUUGAAUACAAAUUCUACGGCACCAACUUCUUGUAUGUGUUCAUGCAUUGCUCAUCCCCACUGUCUUUCAAUCAGCGUGACAACCAAGUCUGUAACUCUUUAUCAAUGUCAGUUAUUUGCCACAUAUCCGAUGAAGAGUUCUCAAUUAUCACCGUCAUCAACAACAUACGUAAUGGUUUAUACUAAUCGAACAAUGAAAUCAGUUUAUUUGAAUAAUGGCACGCAGCUAUCAAAUCCAGCACGUUUAUUUUCCAAUACCGUAUUCCCAUGGAUUCCUAUUUUUAAGCUGUUUUCAGGAAAUAAUCAAUCGUUUCUGGGGUUAAAUUCGAGUAAUUUAACGACGCUGACAGCAAUACCAACAAUUCCAUUUUAUCAAAUCAUGCCGCAUUGGUUCAAUAUUCUGCUCGCUCAAUGGAAUCAAAACUUGUACGUACCUAGUCAAUUGGCGAUCGCUUUUAUCACUAAUCGUACAACUAUUAUUGACUUUUUAAUAUUCAAUACGGUUCAAUCAAACACAACUAAUUGGUUUUCAUCCUCGCGUUUCAUUUCUAACCAAUAUUGGUCACUGCCUCAAUAUAUUAAUACAACAAUUGCGCAAUCACAAAUGAUUCCAGUUUAUAUGGACAGUGAUUGUAUCAGAUCACUGAAUUGUAAUUUCAAAUAUUCAAGCAGUGGAUGCACACAGGAUUUCUACGGAUAUUUCUUCAUCCAUGGUGGUUAUAAGGAUUCAUGUAUUGCUGCUGUUCGAAAUGUUUCCCAAGUGCCGAUACCGUCUAUUUUCUAUAGCAUCACAAAAGACUACACUAACGGAAAUAUCAACAAUUAUAACAUUAGCAAUGGUCUCAUAGGAUUUGUGCAUUAG